AUGACCACUAUCGAGUCCACAAGGCUGCGACCAGCCCACCAGUCAGCACCGACAUCAACACCCCUGUCCAUCCUCGACGCAACAGUUGCACGCUUUUCCCCAACAGGCGGAAUUUGGAUCUUCGACCAACCUGCGGACUUAGAUCAGAAGACCUUAAUCGACUACCUGCGAGCUUCCUUCAUUGAAACUUUAUCAAAAUUCCCUCAAUGGGCAGGCCAACUACAAUGGGCACCUGUCAACCCGAAAGGAAACCACACAGAACGAUUCAAUCGCCCAUUAAUUGUGUAUGGGACUGAUACCGACCCAGGCGUUGAAUGGACAGUAAUUGAGUAUCCCCUUCGAGCAGAUGAAAUUGUCCCCACAUCAAAGGAACGGGCUUCAUCAACCACCGGUUCUCAACCCGGAGCAUGGGCAGGCGACAACUUCAAAGAAAGUCUCUUCAUAUCAUCCAACCCAUUGGCACUCGCCAAUUUGCGCGACUAUGUGGGUUUGCCAGGGAUGCAAGUCCAGAUAAGUCUUCUCCAGGAAGGAGGCUAUGUGAUCGGAAUUAAGCUCGCGCACUGUCUAGCGGACGCACAGUCUUUGAUGGUAUUCGUGCAUCUGUGGACAUAUAACAGCAAAAAGCAAUUUGGAAAUCAGCCCAAAUCAUCGCUAAUGGGCGAACCGGUGUUCGAUCCCGCGCUGCUGGACAGCUGCGCCUUGGGCGAUAUCGAUAGCCCCGAGCCAGACCAAGCGCUUGUGAGCACCGCCCGGAAAUUACCUUUACAUAGGUAUAGCUGGUGGGAUUACGCCGCAGAGGGUUACCCGUCAUUUUUAAUACCAACGACAGAGAACUCUAAGCCGCCUGCAGAAAUCGACCAAAAACGAGUCUCGCCCUCAGAAGCAGCGCCAUGGGCUUCAUGGGAUUUCUCGAAAAAAGUCAGAUACACACAGUUACACUUCACAGGUGUAGAGUUACGAAAACUCCAAGCUACCGCCCUCGAUACACCAGGGAGUCGACGUGAUAUCUCUAGGCUGGACGCUCUACUCGCUCACUUGUGGGUAGCCAUUACGCGAGCACGCGGGUACGCCGAGUCUUCUAGACCCGUGUAUAUGAAUUUGAGCCUCGGCGCACGACCACGUGUUUCGCCCGCUCUCCCUGAGACAUUCAUCGGAUCCCCGCUGUUCUUAACCCAUGUCGGUGGACCCGCUUCGUCGGUAUGCCAGGAAAUAUUAGGCGAUACAGCGAGUCGGAUCCGAGAGACGAUGAAGGGGUUUACGACUGAUGCUAUUGGUGCGAUGUUGCAUGAUGCUGCACAUGAGGUGUCGCCGCAGCGGCUGUGGCAGGCUUUCUUGGGGUCCGAGCAUACGAUUGUCACGUCGUGGUUGCGGCUGCAGUUGUACGAGGUAGACUUUGUGGGUGGGGCCAAGCCACGUUACGUGCACGCUAUUAUGCCCAAGAUGGAUGGGUGUAUCCAGGUGAUGGAUAGUGGGGUUCAAGAUGAGGGAAUCGAUGUUGCACUUUACCUUGAUGAGGUGGCUACAAGGCGGUUGCUUGAUGGUGACCUCUCUCGAGUUUGA